UUCAGCUCUCGGCUGUUAUACUGCAGCCAUCAAGCUCCCCCAACUGUCCGAUAUCCACUACAUCAUCACCAACUAGGCACCGAUAAUAACCCUACUCGCCAACUGCUCUCACCACCCUCGCCGCCACGCCGCCAACGCCGGCAUGUUGGACCCCUUCCCCCCUCCGCCAGCAUGGCUCCGAGACCGUGUCGAGCCCUGGGCCCUGUAUCUCAACGUUCCCGCCCUCUCAGACCACAUCCAUGAAGUCAUCAUCGCCUUCGCCGGCUACCAGUUCAUCCACUCCUUCCUCUCGCCAUGGCUCUCCCCCAUCCUGUUCCCCCGCCACUACCCACACCUGAACAAACGUACCAAGCUCAAUUGGGACGUCCACGUCGUCUCCCUCGUCCAGAGCGUGCUCAUCAACGCCCUCGCCUUGUGGAUCAUGUUCGUGGACAAAGAGCGCAAGAACAUGGACACCGGAGAGCGCAUCUACGGAUACACGGGCAUGUGUGGACUCCUCGAGGCCCUGGCCGAGGGAUACUUCGUCUACGACAUUAUCGUCAGCACGGUGCACAUCAGGAUGUUUGGCGUGGGCAUGUUGUUCCAUGCCAUUAGUGCGCUAUGGGUGUUUAGUUUCGGGUUUAGACCCUUCGUAAACUUCUACUCCCCAACAUUCAUCCUCUACGAACUCUCCUCCCCAUUCCUCAACAUCCACUGGUUCCUGGAUAAACUGAACCUCACCGGCUCCAAGCUCCAAUGGUACAACGGCAUGCUCCUCCUCUCCGUCUUCUUCUCCUGCCGUCUCGUCUGGGGAACCUGGCAAUCCAUCCUCGUCUACAAGGACAUGUGGGCCGCCCUCUCCCAGACCUGGUCUCUGUCUCCCCUUGUGGCGGCAGGGUCUUCCGUGGGCCUGGACAGCGCCAUCAACACCGCCGUCUUCGGGCACAGGGCCAAGCUUACAGAGCAGUGCGUCGACGAGGUCUGCAGGAGGGCCAAUGAGGAGGUGUUCAAGUAUGCCGGGUUCACGGCGGGCGGGGUGCCAACGUGGCUUGUCGGGACCUAUGUUGCGGCGAAUGUGGUGUUGAAUUCAUUGAACUAUUAUUGGUUUUCGAAGAUGGUGGAGACGGUAUUGAAGAGGUUCCGGGGGCCGAAGGAGGGUGCCGUUAAGGACGGGGGUAAAAGGGAGGAGGCGGUCGAGGAGGUCGUGGAGAAGGUUGUGCUUGAGGCUGCUGCUUCGCUUGAGGAGGAAGAGGGGAGUCCGUUCCUUGGGGAGGGCGUUGCGAAGGAUGUUGAUGUUGGCGGCGGGGAUGUGAGGAGGAGGAGGUAGUGUUGAGUUAGGGCCUGAGAUGGUGGGAUGCUGUAGACGGUAGAUGAGCUGGCACAUUGUGCAUUGCAUCGGUGCUUGGUAUAUGGUUCUUUUGUCAUCAUCUGUUUCGGCUGGGGCUUGGAGAUUGUUUAUUUGCAUCUUCUUACAUUAUGAUGUUACUUUUUCAAGUUGCUGAUUAAACAUCAUGGUUCAUUAAAUGCAGGUCGCUAUAUCGAAGAAUAUA